AUGGGAGAGAAAUCGAGAAAGCCUCUCUUGGUACUCUAUGCUAGUCAAACUGGGAAUGCCCUCGACGCCGCAGAGCGUGUUGGCCGCGAGGCUGAACGUAGAGGCUGCCCCGUCACCCUGAGUUCCAUGGACGAGUUUGACGCUAAUUCAUUAUCCUUGGAGAAUACCGUAAUCUUUGUUGUCCCUACAACAGGGCAGGGAGAUGCACCAGAUGCGAUGAAGGUUUUUUGGAAGUAUCUGCUGCAGAAAAAUCUUUCUAAGUCUUGGCUGCAAGGAGUUCACUAUGCUGUCUUUGGAUUGGGAGAUUCUGGUUACCAGAAGUUCAAUUAUGUUGCAAAGAAGCUGGACAGGAGGCUUCAUGAUCUUGGGGCAAGUGCUAUUGUUGAGAGAGGUCUCGGAGAUGACCAACAUCCUUCAGGGUAUGAAGGUGCUUUGGACCCAUGGAUGACAUCCUUGUGGCGUGUCCUGUAUCAAAUUAAUCCAACAUUCUUUCCGCAUGGCCCUGAUUAUAUCCCUCCGACAUCACAAUUGCUUGAUCAACCCAAAUACCAAAUUGUCUACCAUGAACUAGGCCUGCUGCAGGCUGGGCUGUCAGUAACAGAUUCAAAAAGUCCUGCAAUGGAGAUUGAGAGGGCUCGGUCGAUGUCUCCUGCAAAACUUUCUUAUGACAAGAGUACUCCUGAUGCUUUUCUUAAAAUGGUCAGAAAUGAGCCACUAACUAGGAAAGGAUGUGGGAGAGAUGUGCGGCAUUUCGAGUUUGAAUUUUUUCCAUCUACAAUUAGCUAUGACGUCGGUGAUGUCCUUGAAGUUCUCCCCAGUCAAAACCCUGAUUUAGUUGAUGCGUUCAUACAGCGCUGCAAUUUGGACCCUGAAGCAUUCAUCACUGUGUGCCCCAAGCAGCGGGGAAGCCACCUUCUAGAUGGCUCCAAAAGUGGUCAAGCAUUGCCCAUAAAUUUAAAAAAAUAUGUUGAACUUGCUAUGGAUGUCACCUCAGCUUCACCUAGGCGCUAUUUCUUUGAGGUUAUGAGCUACUUUGCAACUGCAGAACAUGAAAAGGAGCGACUCGAGUAUUUCGUAUCACCUGAAGGUAGAGACGAUUUGUACCAAUACAACCAGAAGGAAAGGAGGACUGUUUUGGAGGUUCUAGAGGAUUUCCCUUCUGUGCAAAUGCCAUUUGAAUGGCUGGUAGAGUUGGUUCCACCAUUGAGAAAACGGGCUUUCUCCAUUGCUUCUUCUCCUUCAGCCCAUCCCAAGCAAGUCCACUUGACAGUGAGUGUAGUCUCAUGGACGACACCUUUUAAAAGGAAAAGGAUGGGUCUUUGUUCAUCAUGGUUAGCUAGUCUUGAUCCCCUACAAGGUGUAACAAUUCCAUCAUGGUUUCACAAGGGUUCUCUCCCUGCACCACCACCAUCAAUUCCACUUAUUCUCAUUGGCCCUGGGACAGGCUGUGCGCCUUUCCGUGGCUUUCUCGAAGAAAGAGUCGUACAAGAUACAACCAGCUCAGCUGCUCCCAUCAUGUUCUUCUUCGGCUGCAGAAAUGAAGGCAAUGACUUCUUAUACAGGGACUUGUGGCUAUCUCACUCGCAUGACGGUGGAUUGCUCUCUGAAGCAAGAGGUGGAGGUUUCUACGUUGCAUUCUCGAGAGACCAGCCUCAGAAAGUUUACGUGCAGCACAAGAUGCGGGAACAGAGCCAGAAAAUAUGGGCAGCGUUGUCAGAAGGCGGCGCUGCCAUCUACGUUGCAGGCUCUUCCACGAACAUGCCUUCUGAUGUGAUGCUGGCUGUGGAAGAAAUCAUAUCGAAAGAGGGUGGAGUGGCGAGAGAAGCAGCUGCAGUGCUGAUAAGGAGGCUGGAGAGGGAUGGUAAAUACCAUGUGGAAGCAUGGUCUUAA